UUGGCCUAAUAUUCGUCGUUAUGGUAACUUAUGGUACAUGAUAUGAUACAAUACAAUGCGUACUUGUCGGAUUACAAUCUACUUCCGAGUUGCUAUAGUGUUAUCCAUUGGAACUUUCAUAUAUCUGCUAACCAGCGGUAAACACCAUAGGCCUACUCAAAACCGUGAAGGUAGCCGGCUUAUGAUGGGAUUUCAUAUUGGUCCGGACGGCGAACCUACUAACCACCAGGCGAGUAUCAGAGAAAUGAUAAUUGAAAAUGUACAGUUGAAGAGGAGACGGAAUUUGGAAAAACACUGCCAUCGAAAACCUAGCAAUAGCCUUCCUGUCUACGCUCAGAGACACACUUACGUCGUAGAUAAGUACAGAUUAAUGUAUUGUUUCAUCCCAAAAGUCGGCUGUAGUAACUGGAAGCGGAUUAUGAUGGUGCUUCAUGGCCAAAAGACCAAUGUGGAUCACCUGACGUCUGGGGAAGUUCACAAGACAGCUACAAUGCCAUUUUUAACGGCGUACAGCAAAACACAGCAAGCAAAAAAAAUUUCUAAUUACACAAAGUUCUUGUUUAUACGCCAUCCGUUCAAAAGAUUACUUUCAGUAUACAAAAACAAGUUUGAGAGUUUAAGUUAUUACCGAGGAAAUCCACAUUUCCAUCGCUACGGAAAACAUAUCAUCAAACGAUGGCGAGAAAACCCGGCCCCGCAUGCUCUAGAUACAGGCGAAGGCGUAACCUGGCCAGAGUUCGUCGACUACUUGAUUCACCUGCCGGAAAGAAAACGUUUUGAGAAAGACGAUUACUUUAACGACCAUUGGCGGGAAAUGUACAAAAUCUGUGCGCCUUGUUCUGUGAAGUACGAUUUUAUUGGAAAUUUAGAAGACGUUGUUGACGAGUCCAAAUAUCUAUUGGACAGGUUGCAUAUUAGUGACAAAGUAAGAUACCUGUCGUCAGACAGUAGUCGACCGACUAACAGUUCCGAUUUGUCAACGUAUAAUAAAUAUUUUGGCAUGCUUGACAAUGAACAAAUCCUAGGACUGUGGAAAAUAUAUAAAGUUGACUUUUUAUUGUUUGGGUAUGACAAACCUGAUUUUGUUCCGUAACAUUUUCAGGUAAGGGGCCUAAUGUAGCCUAUAAUGAAUUUUCAUGUGAUUUUCUAUAUAAUAGGCUUAAUUUACAAUUCAUCUAUUACAAUGUUGAAUAUUUUAAUAACCACAGACUUUUUGUAACAAUGCACUUAUUGAAGAGCUUAUUAACAAUUAGAAUUACACCCCAUAGCAUUUACAUAAAGCGCCAAACCAGUCAAACAUCCCCAAUGAGCAGAAAGACCAAACUCAACAAAACAAUACGAUUACUUAAACGACGAUUACUUUAAUGAUGCUGAAAUAACAUAUGGAACUAUACUUUUAAAACAAACACGUUAUGUAGAACAUUUUCUGUGUGCUUUACAGAUGUUAAAUGUCAAUAGUUUAAGACGUAAUGUGUAAAUGGAUUUAUUGAGCACUUCCUAAUACAGAAUAUUUUAAUAAUAUUUUAAUAAUGCUCUGCUAUGCAACUGAUUGAGAUUACCAAUAGCGCCAGCAUGAUGUUUAACCUCAUUUCAUGAAUAUUGCAGGUCGAUCCAUGGUUUAUUGAUAGAGUCCAUACUAGUUCUAACUCUUUGAUUAUGCUGCAGGACUAUGGUUACCGUAAAUGCUCGAAUAAGCGCCGCGUUUAUAAGAAAUGCUUGUGUCUUCUUUGUGUUAUUUAUUCAGUUUAACACUGUAUACAUUUGAAUUUAUAACCCUGUUUCAUUACACACACAUGGAUACUAUUGGCUACUCGAGAGCGGCGCUUAUUCGAGCAUUUACGGUAGUCAUGUUUUUGUUAAACCAUGGUUAAACCUAAUACUGUACACCAAAGAUAGUCAACAUUUAUAGAUGAUAGGUCUAUCGAGGUAAUUUGAAGUAAGCCUAGAUUAUUCUGGUCUGUUUAUAUUUAUAUUGGCCUACAGUAGUAAUGGUUAUUUUGUGUACCGUAGGCCUAUAUGUUAUAUGGAUUUUACAUCUGAAACCAAUAAAUGAAUAAUGAAUAGUAUAGGG